AUGAGUGACUUUCGUCGUGCUAGUACGGAUGCCAUUGCAGACGAAGAGCGUCCUUCGACAAGGCGUCGUUUGACUUACGAAGGAUCAGCCGAGGUUGGCAUCGGACCGCCCCAGAACAGGGCACCAGGGGAAGAAGCAAGCAACGAGAAUGGCGCAGCUUUGGUGUUCCAAGAUCCCAAAGAAGAUCAUCAGGAAGAAAGCAAUGAAGAGGCAACUCAGCCAACCCCCCAGCAACAAGAAAUUCUGGCCCAUACGCCACAAUUCGGAGGCAAUCCUGUUUGUGUCAAUGCUCUGGCCGGGUGUGGCAAGACCACAACUAUUGCCCUUCUAUGUCAGAAUCUGGAAACCAAAUAUCCAGGCUCCAACAAACUCUACCUGGUCUUCAGCAAGAAAAACGAAACUGAAGCAAUGCAAUCUGGCAAAUUCCCCAAGACGAAUAUGGAGAUUAGAACAACCCAUGCCUUUGUCUUGAGGCAUUACUUUGGGACCAACAUGAUGUGCUUCCAACCACAAGAGGAUUGUACCUUGGAUGACAUCAAAGCUGUGGUCAAGUUGCAAGAGGAGAUGAAGAUGUUUCUACCCAAUGCUGACCCCAAUAGCCGCAAAUUCAAACGACAGGUCAACUCGGUUGCAUCGUAUGUACGCGAGACCGUGCACAAGUUUCAGGCUUCAGACCAUGCAUUGCUAGAUGAUCAGCACAUUUUUUGGAGAGCCAAACACAAUACAAACAUGUCCAAAAGAUUCCAAUGGCGUAACAAGAUCCCCGUUUCGAAAUACAAGGAAUGGGCGGCCCAGUUCUUUGCUGUGGUGACAGAGAGAUGUCAUUCUGUCAGAGACCUAGGAACGCCAAUUCAAGGCAUAUCCCAUGAUGGCUACAUGAAAGUAUGCCAGUUGGAGUGUGACGUCACUAGUGGUUUUCAGUUUGUGCUUGUGGAUGAAGCACAAGAUUUGACGCCCUGUCAAGCCGAUCUGUUUUGGGGCGAUCCCGGGGUCCGACAAGGCAGGGCCAUUUACUUGUUUGGAGAUCGCUAUCAGCAGCUCGACCGAUUCCGAGGUGCCUCCGAUUCAUUUCAUCAAAUGUGGCAACUCACUGCCCACAAGUACAAUUUGACAGGAUCCUUUCGCUUUGGCAGCAACAUCGCAAAGUUGGCUUCUCUAGUGCUAAAGGUCGUUGGCGGCGAAGAGCUCGUUGGACGUGCUCUACAUGCCGGUCAAGUACACAACGACGAGGGAUUUGGUAAUCGCGGCGUGGUUCUGUGCCGGACCAACCAAGGUUUGUACAGAUACCUUUUCUUCAACGAGCCCACCAGAUGGUGUUUUCUUGACGGGUCCAGGCGCCCCGUUCCCGAUCCACCAAAAUGGACUUUUGAUCUGGAAUCUUUUCUUGCAGUGGCUCCCAAAUACGGUUAUCAAGACGAUGACCAUACGUUUUGGUACAAGGAUGAGGAAUACCGGUGUUUCCUUGCAGUGGCUCCCGAGUACAGUUAUCAAAACGAUGACCAUAGGUUUAGGUACAAGGAUGAGGUCUUUUCAAGUAUUGAGGAAAUCAAGUCUUUCCUUGACGAUGAGGGUGAUUCAGACUUGAAUAAGUCCUUUCACUUGCUCUUGUUUUUAAAGCGGCAAGGGAAGAGCUUACGAGACUUUAUCUCUUCGAUUCAACGGUCGUUUUGUCCGCUUGAGGGUGACCCCGAUGAGUUUCCUGGGGUGGUCUUAUCUACAGUCCACAAGGCGAAAGGUCUCGAGUUCUCUCGUGUGCUGGUCUUUGAUGACUUCGACUUUGGGCGGAUCAUAAACUCAACAACAUCCAAGGUUUGCCAAGACGACGAAGCCAACAUCUUAUGCGUGGCCGUUACAAGGGCCAAGGAACAUCUAUUCCUCUGCGAACCUGCUCAGACGUGCUUGGAGAAGCUGUCCCAAAAGUUCCGGGCUCACAAUGUGGCACUCCCCUCUUAUCGAUGCAUUCGCAUCGAAGCAGACUCAGCGUGGAAUACCUUCAAGUCCUCGAGACGCAAGAUCAACUCGCUUGAAGAUAUCGAGUGGCCAUCCCCUGAUGAUUCCAACAUUUUGGCCCUCGAUCAAGAGAUGUCAGUGUUGGCACAAAGAGCGUACCUGCGUGCUUUGCGGUUGAGGUAUCACCCAGACGAGUUCUUCCCGGCGUUCGAGAGACGGAUCGCCAGGAGCGCAGAGCUCAAGAAGCAAAUCAUGGACAAACUGCGUGACCUUCUGGAUGAAAUCAAAAAGGCCUAUCGGGCCCUUCAACCCGAAGCCCCAGGUCCUUUUCGCUUGCGUGAGCAGCAUUAA